UGCAAACUUGUUGCACGACGAGGCGUUUCGGCUGAUUUCACGGAGGCGCCCCGGUAGCGUUUGACGCAUUUUGUGAUGUUAAACUAGCCGAUAUCCGAGCGAUAAUACCAAUCAGGGGAGAGACUAAAGCUCGCUGGGCUCUUUGUAUUUCUGCCUGCGCUGUGGCGGCUGAUCGCAGCGACAAAGGCACUGCUUCAGCUAACCUCCAGCUAACAUCGCCUUCGCCCCUUUUCGCUGAAGUGUUUACUCGGAGAGAGAAAGCAGUCCGAGCGAAGAUUUUCAGCUGAACUCCCACUUGUCCACACUGGCCAGCAUCCACAAGAUCUACCACACACUGCACAGGCUGAAUCUGACCGAGGACGUUGGGCCAGACACUCACGCCACAGCCUGCUGCUCCCGAGCCAUGCCCCCCAGGAAAAAGAGGAGGCCCACUGCAGGAGAUGACCUGUCUGCCAAGAAGAGCCGCCAGGACAACGUUUACAGAAAACAGGAGCCGUCACAUAUUCAGGAGGCCGAGGCUUUUUCCAAUAAGAGAUGUCUGGAGUGGUUUUAUGAGUAUGCAGGUUGUGAUGACGUGGUUGGACCAGAAGGCAUGGAGAAAUUCUGUGAAGAUAUCGGAGUAGAACCAGAAAAUGUGGUGAUGCUGGUGUUGGCCUGGAAGCUGAAUGCCCAGAGUAUGGGCUACUUCACCCUGCAGGAGUGGCUCAAGGGGAUGGGCUCAUUGCAAUGUGACUCAACUGAAAAACUCAGGAACUCUCUAGACUACCUGAGGUCUAUCCUCAACGAUGCCACCAGUUUCAAGCUUAUUUACCGAUACGCCUUUGACUUUGCCCGGGAGAAGGAUCAGAGAAGUUUAGACUUAAACACUGCCAAGUGCAUGCUGGGACUUCUUCUGGGGAAGAUCUGGCCACUGUUUCCUGUGUUUAACCAGUUUCUAGAGCAAUCCAAGUAUAAAGUAGUAAAUAAAGACCAGUGGUGCAAUGUUCUAGAAUUCAGUAGGACCAUCAACUUAGAUCUCAGUAACUAUGACGAGGAUGGAGCCUGGCCAGUGUUGUUGGAUGAAUUUGUGGAAUGGUACAAAGACAGAGAAAUGUCAUAGCGACAGCUUCUUUGCCUCGACCACCGACAACUAGAAAUUAAUCGACAACAAGCACCAUGGCGGCAAAGACAGAAAUGGCUUAGAAACAACGGUCCACAAAGAAACAAAGCAUAACAAACCUGAACCGGCUGGGGCGAUUUGUAGGUGUCCUGCCAGUGAAGAGCGUAUGUGCGUGUUUGUGAAUGAGCGAGCGAGCGAGUGUUCUGUAAUGCACCAGUUCACAUGUUGCCCUUCUCACCAUUCUUAUGUGAGGGUCACCACUGGUGAUAUGUAGGAGAAACGGCACCUCGGCCCUAAAUCCCCACCUGAUGUCCUCCCCAACAUGCAGCGCAUCAUGGGAAAGCACACAGCCAACCUCAGUGCCGCUCCCUCCCACCCUACUGUGACGUGUCAUCUUACUGUGAAUGUUUUAAUGGGUGUCAAAGAGGGUUCAGAUACCCAACAUGCUUGGCUAACUCGAAACUUAUUCCUCUUUUUUUUUCUUAGUGAUCAAUCAUAAUAGUGCUCUGUUGUACUCAGGGCCUCAUUUAUCAAAUACAGUCCAGUAAGGACGGAUAUGUGGAUAGGAAAGUCUCAUUCAGAAGCAGCUUUCAUCAAGAGAGUCUGUUGCUGAUGAAUUUCCCCUGUAGACACGGUGGUCAAACAUUAGACUAGUUUCUCCUGUUUAUUAUAUUCUGUGGUAAAACUUUAGUAGUUUCAGGAGACGAGAACAUACAGGCCUGCAAGAGAAAUAAUUAAAAAAAAAAAAAUCUUCAAGUUACAUAAAUCUCAGACAUAUAUGUAAUAAAUGGAAAAUGUUGGGUGGUUUUUCAUAGUUCUUAUUA